CACAUGCUGCGAAGCAACUUCCUCUCUCGCAUUUUGGCUCAUUUUCAAUUUUUCUUUUUUCUCUUCCUUCCCCUAUUUAUAAUUCAUUUCUCUGCCGUUGUCCAGUAAUGCGUUUCUUCGUCGCAAUCCGUACACUAACAACGUCAGAUCAAGAGCUGCAAUUUGGCUUAAGCGGAUGGUUUUUUAACCAACGGUGAAUAAUUUUUAAUUACUCUCAAUAUUUAUGACGAAUUACAAUUAAAUACUUUCAAUAACGACAUUAAUUUUAACAAUGCUUUUCUAAACUUCUCAAAAACAAAAACUGCGAAUUUUUUUAGUGCAAAAAAGCUACUAAAGGGAUUAACAUAUAAAACCCAAGUGUUCAAAUUAGAAGUUUCAACUUGUUUAGUCUAGUCGGCAAAUGUCAGUUUGUUUUGGUUAAAAAUUGAGAUUUUAAAACAGCAAAUAUUGAAAAUUAUCUCGCUUUGCUUUCUUUUGUUGUCUUAUUGUUACAGUUUUAACUGGUCUCUGCCACCGGAACUGACAUUUAUAAUACCCCCCACUUCAUAAAAAUACAAAAAUUAGAGUUCAUACUCAACUCACCCCUUCCCUCUCGGUCGUUCGUUCGUUUAUUUCCUGUUGUCCCAUUUGUUCACGUGUCUUUCCAUUCUCAUCUCUUCCCUAUUUCUCAUUUCCUGUUCUUCCUUUUUUGCCGCCGCCGCUCAUUUUUCACCACAACAACAACACGUGUUGAACCGAUUUUAAUUUUUUGGUCCAAUUCCGAAUUCCGCCUAAAUUCUCUAAUAUUUUCUUACUUUCUCCAUUUUUGUGCGUCGCGAUUUAGUUAAUUUUAACUUAAAUGUAUGUUAUCCUUGCAUUGUUAUAUCCUUUAAGCCAACUUGGAUUUUAUACUUUUUUUAAUUCUUUCAAAUGAAAAAAAAAUCAACUUCCUACUGCAGAUAAUUCAGCGCUUCCGCUUUGCCUCAAAGUGAUAGCUAAGUCAAAAGACUUAUAUACCUCAAAACUCAGCCGCCUCAGUUGAAUUUCUAAUCCUGGCGUAGCAAAAAUUGAAAAAAUGGAAAUCAGUAAUUUCCUGUUUUCGAAUGAGGUUCGAAAAGAAAAGAAAAUUUAGCGUAUAUUUGCUUAUUUGGCUGAACUAAAACUUAUUUCCCCUUGCUCAGAUUUCCCUAAUUCGAAAGUGUUUAGACUCACUUCGCUCUUAUUCUUAUUUUCUUCUAAAUUUGGAUAUCUUAAUGUGAUGUGUGGCUUUGUCCAUGUUUUUUCACUUUGCGGGAAUAACAGCGGAAAGGCACAAAAAAAACGGAUGCGAUGAUUUUUAAUCGCGACACAUUCAGUGUUGCUGCAUUUGGUUUGGUUGGAGUCCACUGAGAGUUCGUUUCCUUAAUUUGUGCCAUUUACUUCCUUAGUUUCUAUUUCUAUCUCUCUCACUUAGCCGUAAGUUAUAAUCAGCGUCGUUCAGCAUUGCCCCGAACAAAAUUUAUCAAUAAUUUGUUAUCUUUCGUUUUAGUAUUUAUACCAGGUGCCAAAAAUUGUGGGAUAAUUCUUGGAAUAGCGACUUCAAAUGAGUGAGUCAAUUGCAGACAGCUGUAUGGUGGCUGUACCCGAGUGCCCAGCACCACCUCCUCCCUGCGCGACAAAUAAUAACCCUACCCCUCUUACACGAUCGGACGUGAAGCAGGAAAUUUCAGAACACUACGAGAACAUCUGGAAAGGCGUGGAAAAUGCGCAUAAUCUCAAAACAAAAGUUACAGAAGCUAAUUUUAACGAGAAUCAAAACCAAGUUGAGUCUCAGUGUCCUACAUCUAAUGGACAAGUUUUCGUGACGACAAGACACGCCCAAAAUAUUCCUAAUUUUCUAGCCCAGAUUAACAACAACUUUGCAGAACUGACUCCGAAAAGUCAAAAGGUUGUAGCAGGUCACCCCACAAGUAGCGCUCACAAUGGUACUCUAAAAACAACAAACGUGAUAGGAAGAAAUUACCCAAGCAGUUUAGUUGAACUACAAAAAAGUAGUCUCCAUUCGAACAACAACGUAACCAAAUUACCCCCGGCUAUGCCAAAUAUCUCGAAUCACGAGUUUAUAUCAGUAAUCAAAAGCUUAGCUGAGAAGCACUUGAAACAAACGACGACGCAAUCGAAUGAUAGCGCCACUUUUCCUGUUGCAAAUGUACAAUCGAGUCAGUUUUCACGACCUGUGAGCUUGAACGGAACCCCCGCAAACAGUGAAAACAGUAAUGACUGCAAUAGAACAUCUCCAAACGAAGACUUUUCAGUUGUUUCUUCCGCUAACAUGAAUGGUGGACCCCACAUUCAGUUGUGGCAGUUUCUUCUGGAACUCUUGGGCGAUCCUUCCAAGGCGCAUAUCAUAAGCUGGAUUAACAGUACCGGUGAGUUCAAGCUCCACAACUCGGAGGAAGUGGCAAGGCUGUGGGGUAUGAGAAAAAACAAAACAGGCAUGAAUUAUGAUAAACUCAGUCGAGCUUUGAGGUAUUACUAUCACAAAGGACUCAUCAAAAAAGUGCUGGGGCAGAAGUUUGUGUAUAAAUUUAUUGCGGUUCCAUCGUCGGAAACGAACCAAACGAACAGUACGCUGUCUCCGGUAUCCGAACCCACGUCCCCGUCCCCAGCUCAGGUAUCGCCGACUCCUGACGAGUGCAGCUCGCCAAUGAACCUCCAGUGCCAGAAAUCGAUGGCUAAAGAUAAACCAAACAUUCCGGAAAGACUAAAUUCCUUGCCAGGUGCAAAACGUCCUCUUUUUCCGAUGGCACCAAAAGACGAGCCUUUGGAUCUAUCAACAGAUAAUGCGACUUCAAAAGAGAGCGAUAUCGGAUCAUCCAAUUCGAUGUGUGAUAGUUCACCGAGCGAAGUAUCUCCGCCAAAGAAAGCCUUCUUCCAAACUGCAAAUCCAGUUUCCAAUAAUUCAAUGGGAUCCAACCAAUCACCUUGUCUGUCAAAUAGUAAUUUCACCAAUGAUUCAUUAAAUCCGAGGUCGACUAGUUCUAUGCAAGUUACAGCAGAAGCUGCGAUGACCUCCCAAAUCGUGAGCGCGAUGGCAGAAGCUGCAUCGAACUUUGUGGCAUCUACGAGUGCAGGCCCGACGCUCGCGAUUCCAGCUGCAGCUGCUUCGUCACUCUACCCUUGGUUUGCUGCUGCGGCGGCAACGUCCAGGGAUCCAGCGAUAGGAUCGAACGCGAUUUGCAGUCCUUUGGGGUUCCCAGGAUUCCCGUUGUUCUAUGCGACGCCUAUCGCUAUGGCUCCACACGGCGGGGUAACAAACGGAACCACUCUUGGAAAUAGUUGCUGCCAUCAACACCAAACGGUUGAAGGUGCCGAAAAAGUCAUGAGAAGUAUGUCGACUCAAACUGAACCACUUCGUCUUCUGACUCCUACAGUCUCUGGAAAAUGUUGCGAGUGUGAGUGCAGGUGCAAUAGGCAACAAGAAAACACUGAUAUCAUAAAAGAACACAAUAAAGUUUCAUCUUCAUCGCUAAUAAAUACAGAAGUUGAAGAUGAUUUAGCAGAAGCAGUUAUUGACAUAAACUGAAGUUUAUUUAAACUCCGAGUCUCUCAAAUCUUUUGAAACUUUGUAAAUGAUAUUCUCUCGAUGAUCAGGAACGAUAAUUUUAGCACUGCAGAAUUGUUCCAAAAAUAGCAAUUUGGUGCCCACAACAGCACAAAACAAAAAAUUUGCGCUACAGUUUUUUUAAAAACUGAAAUCCAAAAAACAAUAAUGACGUAAUUCAAAUCUAUUUUUCUGUUUUGAACUAGUUGACCUCGGAUGUCAAAACAGUCUUGUGUGUAUUAUUGUAUUGUUAUUUUGGCAUUUGCUCGAUGAACUUGAAAACAUUGGCUUAAGUAUUAAAAAAGUAGUUUUAAGCGUUAUAACUAGAGUUGAAAAUGAAGAAAACGUGCCAAAAUUGGUUCCUGAUAUUAACAGUGCUAUUUAUAUUCUCUUUUAAAUUAUUGCUUCUGCCGCGCAGCACUAGUGCGAUCUUGAUUGUAGUCUAUUUGACAUAUCCUCUGUACUUUCAAAAAUUAGACAUUUUUGUCAUAG